AAGCCCUACCCAAGCCAUGAGAACGAGAGGUAUGUAGAAGAAUUCACUGUUUUGUUGCCACAUGCUAAGUUACGUUGCCGGCUGGUUCGGGUGGGUUGGGGAAUGUUUUCUGUGCCAAAGACCUUCAACUAAGGGCCUCAACAAUGCUAACACUAUAUCUCCUGUGUGUUUGGACAGUAAUAAAAUUGGCUCAGAGACAGUGAUAGUAAAGUCAGGUAGAAGAAUUUGUGGGGCAGGAGGUGCGCUGGCAGACACACCUCUCAACCAGGAUAAGACUUACUUCGAGAUUAAAGUCCAAGCUUCAGGUAUUUGGGGUGUAGGCGUAGCGUCACGUGACGUGUGUCUGGACAAACCCCCUCUUGGGUCCUGUACCAACAGUUGGCUGCUUAGACACGAUGGUACCUGUUGGCAUGCCAACGAACCUAUAUCUACUCUUUCUAUAGUUCCUUCUGAAGGAGACAUUAUUGGAGUCACAUUCGACCACGUGCAGCUACAGUUUUACGUUAACGGGAAGCUGGCUGACGGCUGUGUUGCCUCCAAUCUUCACACACUUGUGUAUCCAUGCUUUUACGUUGACGAUGGCGCUAUUAUCGACGUUAACUUCGAGAAGUUUUACUACGAGCCUCCUCAAGGGUACUCCUGUAUCAUGAAGGAACAAGAUAUGUUAUAAUCAACAGAUCUUGAUACCAGUGGGGAGGUGAACCAUGUUAUUUCUGACACGUGAUCGUGUUAUUUCUGACACGUGCUCGCGUUAUUUCUGACACGUGAUCGCGUUAUUUCUGACACGUGAUCGCGUUAUUCUGACACGUGACCGCGUUAUUUCUGACACGUGAUCGCGUUAUAUCUGACACGUGAUGAAUUAUGAACAGCUUUGACCGAUCAACACGGGGAAUCACUGUCACGUGUCAAAUCAAAUAUGGUUCACCUCUCCACCAGUACCCAAAUAUAUGAGGAUGGGUAGUUCUAAUUAAAUCUGAGGAGUUUAAAGUAGAUUUGUGGGAUUUGUUUGUAUAACCGGGGGUAAAUGGUCGGAGAUGUGCGCUGUGGAACGCAGAAUUAAUUGCUAUUCGAAUAAUUAAUAUAAUUUAAAUUUAUGUGUAAUUGUAUUCUGUACAUAUUUUGUUUUAGUAUAGAUACACCGAUGUUAUACAAUAUAUAUUAUAUUUGCUGUGAGUGGUUACUUUUAUCAACUGAACUUACUUAAUCACGAUUUAUUUAAAACGAGUCAAGUGUAAAUUUCGAAUUUCGAGUAGAUUUAGUUAUUCAUAUUGUAUGAGUUAGGUGCUUUCAUUAAAUAAUAGUUCAUGUCGCUGUUGUGUUAAAAAUUAUUAUUAAAAUUGAAAAUAAAGUUAUAUAGAAGAGAUGUAUAAAUAAGGUCAAGAGAUUCAGAGACAAUGUUCAAUCAGAUUGCUUUAAUAUGCAAAUAUGCAAAUAUGCAAAUAUGGAAUCAUCCUCCCUGUUCCCCGAACCCCACCUUUCCUCUGUCGACCAAAUUUAGUCUGAUCUCUUACUUUUGAUUCAACAAUAUUCGGAUAGUGCAACUUAGUUUUGGUUUUAUGGUUUCCGCCGACAACGUAGUAAAUUCUAAAUGAUAUUUUUGGACGUUUCUCAUAAUAUCUAGAAUAUGACAUACGAGAUAUUAAUUUUCGAUAAAUUCAUCACCUGUCAGCCAUCAUUGAUAAGCUAAUUUAUUAAUUGUAAUUUUUGUUUUCAGAAUUUUGAUUCUUCGGAGUGGGACCUAUACGAAAGGCGUUUUAAAAGUUUUCUAGCUGCUAUAUAUAGAAAAUGUAGUUGAUGCUGCUAGGUAUUAUAGCUAAUGCUGUUAGAAAUCGCCAUAAAUAUUUCUUGAUGUGAAACAUACAGUAGAGGGUCGUUCAUUUAAUUUCUCAUUCCCGGAAAAUCCCAUUUAAUUAUUUGUAAAUCAAGUUGGAGUUUAAGUCUAACAGUAGGUGACAAUUUCAGUAUAAAAAUCUAAUAAAAUGCCAAUACUUUUGCAAAACUAAGAACACAACUUCUUAAUUUGGAUUUAAAUUGAAUGCAAUGACGGUGAAAAGUAGAAUAAUUAUUUUUUUGUUCGCAGAAACGUUUGCUUCAUUCUGAUUCAAUUCUAUUGUACAUAGU